GGCUGAAGGUGGAGGGAGGUGAAUGUCUCCCUCUGCUCUGUCCUCAGGAGGCCCCAUCUGGACUGCUGCAUCCAGGCAGGAUAUGCCUAUUAGAGCAGGGCUGGAGGAGGCCACAGAGAUGCUCAGAGGGCUGGAGCAGCUCUCCUCUGCAGCCAGGCUGGGAGAGCCGGGGCUGUCCAGCCUGGAGAGGAGCAGGCUCCAGGGAGGCCUCAUUGCAGCCUUCCAGUGUCUAAAGGAGGCAGAGAGUCAUAGGAGAAAGGGGAACGGGUUUCAACUGGAAGCGGGGAGAUUUGGAUCGGAUGUUAGGAAGAACUGUUGAGGGUGGUGAUACACUGGAACAGGCUGCCCAGAGAAGCUGUGGAUGUCCCAUCCUUGGAAGGCCCCAUUCCAGGCCAAGGUGGACAGGGCCCUGAGCACCCUGAUCCAGCCGGUGGCAUCCUUGCCCAUGGCAGGGGGUUGGAACUAGGUGAUCUUCAAGGUGCCUUCCAAGGCAAGGCAUUCUGGAACUCCAUGAGGGUGCAAAGUGGAUUGCUGCUGCCUGGGCAUAGAAUGUUACCAAACGGUUGACAUGGAGAGUCCUGCUUUGAGGACUCUGGUUACCAGGAGUCUGUUAAGUCAGUUGAUGAAUUCUCUGCUGGGCAUCAGAUGCAGAGCAUCCGUCUUCUCCAUCCCAGGUGGGAUCAGAAGGAGAUUUGCUGACAUUUGUGAGAAAAACUCUGGACUGAGCGUACAGAUUUGGAAGAACAUCAUUCUCUGACCCUGAGAAAUCAGAGCUUUGUAACAGUGUGCUACCUAAAGGAACCCAAAGGAUUGAUUGCUGUAGCUUCCCUGACAUUCCCUGACAUUCCCUUUUUGGUGUUUGUCUGCUUACUUUUCCAGUGGUUUUAGAUCACGAAACACUAUGAGCACAAGGCAGCAGAAGCGCUGUGGGGAACCAGCUGAUUCCAGACAAGCUCGGAAACGAAGAAGGAUGGUGGCUUCUAACACAGAUGGAGCCUCAGAAGCAGAGCCAGUAGACCCCAGAGAAAGUGCUGUUGAAGAAGCCAUAGAUCUCACAGACAGAUCUUCUGAGCCUGAAGUCAGUGACCUAACUGAUGAUAAUUCAGUUGUGCAGUGGCAGCAGAGCCAGCAAUACCCACGCUUUUUCAGAGCAGCAGAUAAUUCAGCAGUGCUACUGAUGAGUGACAAUGAAGAGGAACAAGGAGAUUGUGAUGACAUAUGGCCAGCAGGCCCUGCAAGUUCUCUGUUUUGGGUGGAUGAGGACUCAGAGCUUCUUGAAGAAUAUGAACAACAAAGGAGAAACGUUACACUAAGAAGCCAGCGACAAUCAGACAGCUCUGUACUGGGUAGCAAUGAUGAAGAUGAAGCGAUAGAUAAUGAUGUGGCAUGGCCAGCAGGUACUAUUAGGUGUCCGAUUUGCAUGGAUUUUUACUCAGAGAUUCUGCAAAGUGAACGACUGUUUUUGUCAACCCAGUGCGGCCAUGUCUUCUGCAGUCAGUGCCUCCCUGUUGCCCUUGAGACUGCCAACACAUGUCCAAUCUGCAGGACAGAACUCACUCAUGAACAGUAUCAUUCCAUUUAUAUAUGAGCACUUCUAUUUCUCAGGACAGACUCAGAUGGAUCUUAGGGGAUAGGCCAUGUAAAGACCUUUUCCUUCAUGUAUAUAGUUAUUCUUGUAUAUAGUUCCAUUUUUCCUGAAUUUAAUUAUAAAUAAAGUAUUGAUUAACUUAAAUAUAGUCAAGUGUGUCUGCUCAUCUAUGUUGGACU